GUGCUUACAACACCUAUUUAAAAUCAGCAUCUUGCAUCUCAGAACAUAUGGUGACUAGUUUUUAGUACAGCCCCUGGUCUACUUACUCAUGACCAAGGAGUUGCGUUUUACAUUAACUUCCUGUAAAGAAAAAAAGACGUGCUGGUUGAAUAUCUUCACUUGUUUCCGACCACAGAGGGAAAACCGUCUUAUAAAGUGAUCGUCUACCAGUCCACCAACGGGAUUUUGGUUUGUCAAAAAUGGGAAAGUUGAAACAUUAUAUUUUGACAUUUUUACUGGUCGUAAUUGCUGCCACUGAACUUCUGGGCUCCAACAUCUGCACCUCCCGAGGUGUCAGCACAUGCAAGCAGUGUCUGGCUGUGCACCCCAGCUGUGCGUGGUGCUUCCAGGAGGAUUUUGGGCAGGGGGUGGCCAGCUCGUCGCGCUGUGACCUCAAAAAGAACCUUCAGAUGGCGGGAUGUGCGAAUAAGGCUAUCGAGUUCCCAGCUAGCAGCCUGAGCAUCGAAGAGAACCGGCCUCUUAGUGACAAAGCGACCGGAGAGGCCAGUGGUGUUACACAGAUCCAACCCCAGCAGCUACACAUCACUCUCAGACCAGAUGACUCCAAGCGUUUCACGGUAAAAGUGCGGCAGGUGGAGGACUACCCUGUGGAUCUGUACUACCUGAUGGACCUCUCCUACUCCAUGAAGGAUGACUUAGUCCGUCUGCGUCUCCUGGGCAACGACCUGGCCAGGGCGAUGGGCCAGACCACCAGCAACCUGCGUAUGGGCUUUGGGGCCUUUGUGGAUAAGCCUCUCUCCCCAUACAUGUUCACCUCUCCAGCAAAGGCUGUGGCAAACCCCUGCUACGGGAUCCAGACUGUCUGUCUGCCUCAGUUCGGGUUCAAGCACGUGCUGUCUCUGACGGAGGAGGUGAGCCGCUUCACGGAGGAGGUGAAGAAGCAGAGUGUGUCACGGAACAGGGACUCUCCCGAGGGGGGCUUUGAUGCCAUCAUCCAGGCUGUUGUCUGCAAGGAAAAGAUUGGCUGGCGGCAAGAUGCAUCCCACCUACUGGUGUUCACCACCGAUGCUAAGACACACAUAGCCCUGGAUGGUCGCCUAGCAGGCCUUGUGCAGCCCAAUGAUGGGGAGUGCCACUUGGACAGCAACAACAACUAUGACAAGUCAACUACACUGGAUUACCCCUCUUUGGCCCUGCUGACAGAGAAAAUGUCAGAGAACAACAUCAACGUGAUCCUUGCUGUCACUGAACCUGUCGUGCCUCUCUACCAGAAUUAUAGUGCGCUGAUACCAGGGGCUGUGGUGGGGACGCUGUCGGAUGACUCCGGAAACGUGAUCCAGCUCAUAAAGGAUGCCUACGCAAAAAUCCGCUCCAGGGUGGAGCUGGAGGUGCAGGGGGUGCCGGAGGAGCUGUCCCUGACCUUCAACGCCACCUGCCUGAACGGUGAAUUCAUCCCUGGAGUGAAGUCCUGUUCCGGCCUGAAGAUCGGAGACACCGUGUCCUUCAGUGUGGAGGCGCAGUUGCGCGGCUGCCCCAAGGAGAAGAGCAAGACCUUCUCCCUGAAGCCGGUGGGCUUCAAGGACGCGCUGCAGAUCACGGUGGACUUCAAGUGCAACUGUGAGUGCCAGGCCCAGGCCCAGGCCAACAGCUCCGUCUGCAACCAGGGCAACGGCACCUACGAGUGCGGCAUCUGCCAGUGCCACGCGGGGCGGCUGGGGCCGCGCUGCGAGUGCUCCGAGGGCGACUACAGCAUCGCUCAGGAGGACAACUGCAGCCCCGCCCCGUCCGACCCCAGCACCCCCAUCUGCAGCGGCCGGGGCGACUGCGUCUGCGGCCAGUGCUCCUGCCACCCCGCCUCCUUCGGCAAGGUGUGGGGCAAGUUCUGCGAGUGCGACAACUUCAACUGCCUACGCUUCAAGGGCGAGCUCUGCUCAGGUCAGGGAACGUGCAACUGUGGAUUCUGCCAGUGUGACGCAGACUGGAAGGGGGAGAACUGUAACUGCUCCACGCGCACUGACACCUGCAUGUCCAGUCUGGGUCUGUGUAGCGGGCGGGGCCAGUGCAUCUGUGGCAGCUGUGAGUGCACCCAGCCGGGAGCCUACGGCACCACCUGCGACAAGUGCCCCACCUGCCCUGACACCUGCAAAAUGAAGAUGGAAUGUGUGGAGUGUAGGCACUUCAAGCGAGGGAAACUCUUUGAGGACAAGAAAUGCAUGCAAAUCUGCAGGGAUGACAUUCAGCUGGUGGAUGAACUGAGCUUUCAUGACAAGAACGCGGCGAACUGCAGCUACAAGGACGAGGACAGCUGCAUGCAGCGUUUCCAGUACUACGCGGACGCCACCGGAAGGUCUGUCCUCUUUCUUGUCAAGGAACCAGAAUGCCCAGAAGGGGCUGACGUCCUGGUUGUGUCGCUCUCUGUGGUUGGAGCCAUCCUCCUCCUCGGCCUGGCUACCCUGCUCGUCUGGAAGCUGCUGGUCACCAUCCAUGACCGCAAAGAUUUCGCGAGGUUCGAGGAGGAGCGAGCGCGAGCUAAGUGGGACACGGGUAACAAUCCACUGUACAGAGGAGCCACCUCUACCUUCACUAAUGUGACAUAUCGUGGAAAUACAGAGUGACACCUGCCUCAGCCAAUAAAAAGCAGUGAAACUCAGGGGUCUAUAAAUAUGUUGUUAGGGUGGGGCUGCAGAAGGGGUGGGUAGUGCAGAACUUGAACUGUGUUCAAAUUUCCAUGGUACCUGGGAUAUUGGUGUUUUUAUAUGCUGAUAACUCUCGUUGGGGAAAAGAUUUUAUGUGAUUGUAAAUAUGUAUAAAGUGUGCAAUGAUCUGUUCAUAGACUAAGUUCUGCUCUGGAACACACAAUAUUAUCACCCCUUUCUCCAACUGCACUCGCACACCAUCACCCACUUUGCUCAAAAACCCAGAACAGAAGUCUUUGAGGCGAGCCUGGACAUAAUCCCUGUAGAGCCCAAUUUACCUAAUGCAAUAAAACUGCUGUAUGUCUCCUUAAAGCAGAACAAUGUAACAUAAGCAACCAUUCUCCACUUUAGUACCGAAGCAUAGCUGCUUUUAUUUGCUGUUGUAAACGAGAACAUCAUGGUAAUAACCACAAACAGCUGGAGCAAAAAAUAACCACUUGCUUGCACAAUGAAACAUGCACAAUUGUUUAGUGAUCCAACUUUAUUGUAAAAGUAAUGUUAUAUUAGCAAUACUUUUAUGUUCUGUGAGCGUGCCUACCUUCAGUAAAAAUCAAUCAAUCAA